UAUAAUUUCAUGAGUACCUAAGAAGUGACCUCUCCAAGAACUUUCACUUGUCACACGUUAUCAAAAUGGUUAAAGGUGAUGAAACAUUCAUCCAGGGCCAACCACAGUUGAAAAAGCAAGAUCUUAGUAAAUUGAAUGUUAAUGAACUUACACCAUUGACGGCAGAUGUUAUUAGUCGUCAAGCUACAAUAAACAUUGGUACUAUUGGACAUGUGGCUCAUGGAAAGUCAACUGUUGUAAAAGCUAUUUCUGGUGUCCAGACUGUUAGAUUCAAGAAUGAGUUGGAAAGAAAUAUCACUAUCAAAUUGGGAUAUGCUAAUGCAAAGAUUUACAAGUGUGAUAACGAGUCUUGUCCUCGGCCUGAUUGUUAUCGAUCAGCAAGAAGUAGCAAAGAAGAUGAUUUCCCUUGUGACCGGCCUAACUGCAGUGGAAGGUUUAGGUUACUUAGACAUGUGUCUUUUGUAGACUGUCCUGGCCACGAUAUCCUUAUGGCCACCAUGUUAAAUGGUGCAGCAGUCAUGGAUGCUGCAUUGCUUUUGAUUGCUGGUAAUGAGUCGUGUCCACAGCCUCAAACUUCAGAACACUUGGCUGCUAUUGAAAUUAUGAAACUCAAGCAUAUACUAAUAUUGCAAAAUAAGAUUGAUUUGGUGAAAGAAUCCCAGGCAAAGGAGCAAUACCAACAGAUACUCAAGUUCAUACAAGGUAGGACUAUUAUGUUAACAGUUCUUCCAGCAUCAGUAAACAUUUUUUAAUACUGAUGUAGGUAGUAGUAGUAUAGAAUGCAAAUGUGGUUGAAAACUUUCAUUAACAACUGGAGUAAAACUGGUACCAGAUAUCUGAAAGAGUUUAAAUAAAUAGUUAUCAGAUCAUUUGAUGUGAACAAACCAGGCUGUGAAGUUGAAGAUUUAAAAGGAGGUGUUGCUGGAGGAAGUAUCCUUAGAGGAGUGUUGAAGGUUGGUCAGGAAAUUGAAGUUCGUCCAGGUAUUGUCUCCAAGGACCAGGAUGGAAAACUAAUGUGCAAACCUAUCUACUCCAGGAUUGUAUCCCUGUUUGCAGAACACAAUGACCUCCUAUAUGCAGUUCCAGGAGGACUAAUUGGUGUAGGAACCAAGAUUGACCCCACAUUAUCUAGAGCUGACCGCAUGGUUGGACAAGUUCUUGGUGCUGUUGGUGCUCUACCAGAUAUUUUUACAGAACUUGAAAUCUCCUACUUCUUACUACGUCGGCUUUUGGGUGUGAGAACAGAAGGUGAUAAGAAAGGAGCCAAGGUUCAAAAACUGUCAAGGAAUGAAGUUUUGAUGGUAAACAUUGGAUCAUUAUCCACUGGAGGACGUGUUCUUGCUGUAAAAGCUGAUUUGGCCAAGAUAAGUCUUACAAAUCCUGUCUGUACAGAAAUUGGAGAAAAGAUUGCCCUGAGUAGGAGAGUAGACAAACAUUGGAGGUAUGUUAUAUGAAAAUAAUGAAGACAUUCAG